AUGUCGUCCAACGGCGCCGGCAAUAGCAAGUGGCCUGAUUUCCGGCUUGCGUCGACCCUCUGGUCCCUCAUGGGCUCACCGUCCAACGGGCCAGAUAAGCAAACUCCCACCGACCGUGCCGAGAAUCACGACCACGACCGCGAGCAACACCAAGAGAAGAACCCAGACGCCGACCGCGACGGCGAGCCGCAAGAGUCAUAUACGCCCGCCCAAGCGAUGAUGGAUUCCGGAGAGCAGGCAAUUGACGGCCUGGGCGGCUUCGAUGGCUUCGAGCACGACCCCCAGGUCGACACAGAGGAAGGCGCGCAAGAAGACGACUUUGGCGCGCUCGAGAUGUUCGACAGCAACGCUGCACAAGCUCCCUACUCCUCGCAAGUGAACGACGCGUCUUUUGACAACCGGGCCCCCGAGGCGAUCAUGGAUGAGGAUACACCUUCAUCCCAGAACCGAAAAUCCAAACGCGACAAGAAGGAGCGCAAGAAGAAGGGAACCACCACCGAUAGUGCAUCUCCCCAGAUCCCGACCGAGGAAGAAUCUUCGCGCAAGCCCAGAAAGUCCAAGAGAAAGGCUGCCUCGCCAGUCGAGAUCCCCGACAGCCUCGGCGAAAACAAUACAUCGACUGCCGACCAGGCCCAGCUCCAGGAAGCCUCAGCUGUUGAUCUAAAUGAAGAAAACACCGUCCCUGCUACACAGCCAAAGCGCAAGCGCAAGGCCUCUGAUUCCACCGAUGGGAAGCAACGCAAGAAGCGGAAGCCCCAUGAUGACGAGGCUGAGUCCCAAGACGUCGUACAGGGAACACAGGAAGGUGAGGAGCCUUUGACGGCUGAACAACUCAACGGCCGCGACACUCAGGCCGCCUCAUUUCUACACACCAGAAACGCGACUCGUGCGGAUGCAAUCUAUGAUGAUACUGCAGACAGUGCCCCCGAUUCACCCAACGAUGCUCGCCUGCAGCUACGUGAAGCUCGUUCACGAGAGGGUAGUGCCCCUGUCAACGCACAUCAGGACGAGAUGGAUGUCGAUGCACCUAUCUCUCAGCAAAACCCUGGCGAUGUCACCGAUCGAGAUCUAGGCACCGACUCGUUCGCACUUAACGGCUCCGCCAACGCCGCUGACCAUGAUGUCGAGAACCUAGCCAGAGAAGCAUGGAAUGAGCAUGUCAAUGGACAAACCCACCCUGAAAGUCAAGACCCCUAUGGCCAGCCAGAUAUGGAGAUCCCAACUUCAGCUCAACGUCCCCAAGCUCACGAUGUAUACGACGUUCCUGGCAGUCCCAUUCAGACCCCCCAUCCGCCCAGCACCGCCCCCAAGAGAACGCGGUCUUCGGCCAAGGGUUCUUCGAAGAAGGCCAAGCCCACAUACUUUGAAAAGUCACCAUCUCCAGAGGUACAGCAAGAUGGACUUGCUCCCCUGCCAUCACCUUCUGCCACGACACCCAAGCCUCGAGGUCGAGCUAAGAAGGCCACAAGACGUAGAAAGGUCGAGCCCCAAACAUCCCAGCCCAUGCCAGAUGACGAUGAGGAGGGUGAAGAGAGCAGUCAAGCGCGUCGCAACCGAAUGUCCGGUUACACCCAGGGCCGCUUCAGCGACCAAGAGCUCGGCCGUAUCGCACAAGCAGUUGAGAGCUACCGGGUAGAACACGACAUGCAGCAGUACCAGCUCAACGAGAUGAUCCACGCCCCUGGAGGCACAACUGCCGGCGAUGAGCAUGCUGCCCUCUGGAUGCGCAUCUUUGAGACUUGCCCAGACCGACACCGACAGAAGAUCAUCAACAUUACUCGCAAGAAAUUCCACAACUUUGUUGCUCGUGGUACCUGGACCGUUGAGCAGGACACUGAACUUCGCGACCUGAUCGAGAUCCAUGGCACAAAGUGGUCCAAGAUUGCUGCCAUCAUCAACCGCCACCCCGAAGAUCUUCGAGAUCGCUACCGCAACUACAUUGUUUGUGGAGACUCCCAGCGAAAGGACGCCUGGGACGAGACGGAGGAGGGCAACCUCACACAGUAUGUGAUGGAAGCUAUGGGCGCCAUUGACGAGUUGCGACGCAUUCAACCAUCCCGUGAGCUGCUUAAGAAGCCUUACGAGGAGCUCAUCGAUUGGCAAAACAUCAGUGAGCGUAUGAUGAGAACACGAAGUCGACUCCAAUGCAUCACCAAGUGGAAGGCCAUGAACAUCAAGACCCAUGGUAAGGACAAGCUGGUAUCAACUCAACCUGAUGCUCCCAUCACGUUCCGUCUGGAGAAGGCCCGCCGGCAAAUUCAGUCGAUGCCCGAGGAGGAGCGUUACCGCAUGAUCAUGGCGAUCCAAAGCUCACCCGCCAUGGAUGAAGCAAAGAUUCCCUGGCAACGGUUGGUUGACAAGCGAUUCCGCAACAGCUGGCAUCGUCCGACCCAGAUGCUUCUGUGGCGACGCCUCAAGCAGACCGUCCCCAAUUGGCAAGAGAAGAGUGUGCGAGACUGCGCCCAGUUUCUCACAGACCUCUACAACCAGACCGGCCAGCUUCCCAACGUCGAUGAUGACCAUUUCGACGACGCCGAUGAGAUGGUGUUUUUGAACACUAUUCCCAAGGCCACCGUCCCCGGCUCACAACACGCGAAUCACAAUGCCGAUCCCGUUAGUGACGCUUUCAUUCGCGAGGAGGAAAAUGUUGAGCCCCAGUUGGGCGAAUACCCCGUUCCCGAUGAGCAUAUUCAGCCUGACUUGCCGAUCGAGCCAAUGGACCAUGUCGAAUCAUCUGUGCCCAUGGCCAUGAUGGAGCCGGCCGCUCCCGAUGCCCCUAUUGCGCCUAUCGAAUCCGCCGACAUUGAUAUGGUUGAUCCAGCUCUCGCCAUGGAGUCCAUUGAGACUAAUCAAUCCGUAGAGGCUGUAGAGACGGCCCAGCCUGAAGAGACACCCCAGCCUGAGGAGACUGUCCGAUCCGAGGAGCCUACUGAGACUCUCGAUUAUGUCGAGCCCGCUCCCCCCAAGGCAACUCGCACCGCGAAGAGGACAGGAAUGGGCAGGGCGAAGGCACCAAAGGCCCCCAAGGCGCCUCGCAAGUCGACAGUCAAGUCCACACCUUCCAAGCCUACUCCCGCCAAGCGAAGCUCUCGACGUCACACAGCUGCCUACCAGGACCCUACUGAGGAUACUGGGGCGCAAGCUGCCGAGGCACAAGAGGUUGAGCAGCCGCGCCUGCGUAAGAGAAGGGUCCUCUCCAGGUUCCGCUCUAUCAAUGCCGUCGAAGAGGUUGACCCCAACGAUUCGGACAGCGUGAUGGAUGAUAUGGAGGAUCUUCCUGCCCGUGUCACUGUCUAA